CCAAGAGAAUAAAACCACAAAUAUUCUCCAGAAUAUGCUUUUUAUCCCCUCUCUUAUAUUCCACCUUCAUCUCCACAAACAACAAAUCAAAACUCAUUUCAAUUCCCUACAACAACAACAAACAAACAAUAAUGAAAUUCGGUAAGAGUUUAAGCAACCAGAUUGACGAAACGCUACCUGAAUGGCGAGACAAGUUCUUAUCCUACAAAGAGCUCAAAAAACGCUUGAAACUCAUCAGAUCCGCUGACGAUUCUCACCGUCCGACCAAGCGCACGCGGUUUUCCGACGAGGAUUCCGCCGGUGCUGAAAUCUCCGACGAAGAGGCUGAUUUCGUUCAGUUGCUUGAACAGGAGGUUGAGAAGUUCAAUUCCUUCUUCGUUGAGAAGGAGGAAGAGUAUAUUAUUAAAUUGAAGGAAUUUCAAGACAGUGUUAUGAAAGCUAAGGAUUCGAACGAAGAGAUGAUCAAGAUACGAAAAGAAAUAGUCGAUUUCCAUGGAGAGAUGGUAUUGUUGGAGAACUAUAGUGCACUUAACUACACAGGAAUAGUAAAGAUACUAAAGAAAUACGACAAAAGAACCGGGGCCCUCCUUCGUCUACCUUUCAUUCAAAAAGUCCUACAACAACCGUUCUUCACCACCGACUUGCUUUACAAGUUAGUGAAGGAGGUCGAGACGAUGCUCGACCACCACUUCCCGCUAACCGAACUACCACCUCCAUCUCAAGAAGCCGACAAUGAUACUUGCGGUGGAGAUGGUGAGGGACCCUCCAUCAGUGCGGCCGACGUCAGUGAUGCACCGUUGAAAGCUAAAGAACUAGCGGAGCUAGAGUACAUGAAAAGCUUGUACACAAAAAGUACCAUUUCGGCUUUGAGGGCUUUGAAGGAAAUAAGAAGCAAAAGCUCGACGGUUAGUGUCUUCUCGUUGCCCCCUUUGCAAGUAAGUGGGAUUGAGGAAACUUGGAAUAAGCUUCCUCUUCAUGAGCAAUUAGCAAAAUGACAUGAAUGUGUUGAUGUUGUUUGUUAUACAUUGAGUGCACAAUGGUGCUUUAAAUUAGAUGCUAACUAUGGUUGUAAAAUACAUAGAUAAUGAUAAUUAACCACAAAGAUUUUGCACCUUUUGGCUUCUUGGUGCUUGUAUUUGUGUUUGUAUAAAGGCUUGAUUAGUUGAAUCAUAUUGAUGGUAUUAAUGUGUUA